AUGGCACCCCCAUCCGCCCGCGAAGAGUACGCCGAACUCAUGAAAAGGCAUGACCAUGGCCACUUCCUCUACACCCCACAAAAAUACAGUCUCGUUCACCCCGGCUCGGUGGGCUACUUUGACAAAUACGGAUACUGGACCCAAAUCACCGAUCUAUCCGUGAAAGGGCAACCCGAGAAAGAUGGCUACAAGGGCAUCGACGACGAUCUCGUCCUCGGCGAACCCGACGACUCGAUGUGGAACACCGUAUCAUCUGGUAGCGAGGCGGAGAUCAGCUGGGGGCUUGAAGGAGGUCUCUCCGGCGCGUUGUCCGCUGCCCCCGUCGACGUUUCGGCUAACGCGAAGAAUAAGUCCGGGUCUACUGGUAAAGCGGCUCUCAUUACCACGGGAGUCGUGAAGAAUCAGAGAUUCGUCGACGCACCCGGUCCCACCAUGGCGCAUCUAAAUAUGGGGGGUUAUAUUAAGGAUUAUGGACUCUGGGCUAUUCAUACUACCUGGUCGACUCAGGAGUGUGCUAUUACCAUGGACAGUGCCCAUAGCCGGGAUACCAGCGCCGGUGUCGAUGUUGGAGGCACUGGCCUUGGGAAAGUCGGGGCUAGCGGCUCGUCGAUGAAGAAGCUCGAAUCUAAGGGCUGGCGAACAUUCGAGGCCAAGGAGGCCGAUCAGAGUCUCGUCGUGUCGUUUGGAGGAGCGGGCUUCAGACUCCACAAGAUCCAGAUGUUCCGCAGCAACAACCCCCUGAAGCAGACCGAGAGAGCGAUGGCAAACAUCGACGACUUCUACAAGCAGAUCCUUGAUGCAGAUGGAAACGAGACCGGACUUGAGCUCUACCGUCAUGUCCGUGGUGAGAAUGGAGAGAUCGUUGGCGAAAUUAAGGUCGACGUCGAAGCCGAAAGAAAGGCCAGGGAGGAAGCCGCAAAGAAGGAGGCAGAGGAAGCGGCAGCGGCUGAAGAGGAAGAUGAAGAAGUCUUCAUCACAUCUGAGCCUGUUGGGAUCUCCGAAGAAGAGGGAGGAGUGUCCGUGCAGACGACCACAGCCGACUCGAAGCCCGCUGCUGAGGGGGCGACCGAUUAUGAGAAGAUGAUGGAAGCGGCUCGUCAAAUCCCCGAUGAAAAUUUGCGAGCCGCUGAAAUGGUCAAGUUGUUUAAGGCGCAUGCGACGGUUACCACGACAACAACGAAUGUUCCAAAGGCUUAA